AUGAACGUUAUCAAGGGAGUGUACGCGAGACGCCCGGGGUUGUUCCAGAGCGUUGUGGGCUACGGUGUCUUCGCCUCUGGCGAUGUGAUGGCGCAGCGGCUGGCCGAUCCUGACCUGGAGUGGGAUCACCGGCGUUCGUUAUCGAUCGGUCUCCUCGGCGUUGUGCAGAACGGCUUCUUGCUGAGGGUGUGGUACCGCACCCUCGACAAGUUCGUCACGCCCAAGACCGAUCUCAAGAGCGUGCUGAAGAAGAUUGCGUGCGACGAGGCUGUGUUUGCCCCGCAGCUUGCUUGCUCCUACCUCGCGACGUCGGCGUACAUCCAGAGCCCCGGGGAUUGGGAAGCUGUCGGCGAAAACGUCAAGGGCAAGGCAUUCACGACCUGGCAGAACGACCUCAAGCUGUGGCCGAUGGCCAACCUCAUCGGCUUCUCGCUGGUGCCGCGGUCGAUCCGUCCCCUCUACGCGAGCAGCGUGCAGCUGGUCUGGCAGUGCUACUUGAGCACGGCGGGCUUCGCAACACCGUCCGACGGAGGCAAGGCGACCACCGCUUGCGAAUCGCCCGGAGACGAUCUGUGAUCGUGGGUACAAACACGGGCAUGUACGUGCUACCAUGGAGGAUUCCUUCACAGGAAACGCGUUGUCUUCGCAAGCUUGGGUUUGAUGUAUAUUCAGUUUUGGGGAGGUCGAGCGUCGGCUGUUUUCAUUGUCAGCCCCAUUUUUCGGUCUCCUACGUCAACUCUUGCCACCACUAGCUGUUGGUUUUCAAUGAGCAAUUCUAGUGGCAAUAAAAAAACUGGAGAUUCACGCACAUAUCCACUUGAUGGAGUUCGUUCUCCAACGUUCGUGGUGUCAUUCAGAUUUUCUGACGUGUUCAAAAGAUUUUGAUUAGCGAACGUUGCCCUUUUUAACGAUGUUGUUUUGCUUUGCGUGAUUGUGUGCUCGACGACGCCAAGCGUUUUUUUGUUGCGUCGAGGUACUGUACACAAUUUUUGAUACGCGUCACACUGUUUAGGUUAUGCAUAUAUUCAGCCGUUGUCAAUUCAAUAACCACAUCGUGUCGGUGUCGGAAGUGUUUUGGAUAUAUUGGUGUAUUCGGGCAUAUAUUGAUGGGGAAUGUUGCGGAUGGGGAAGAGAGGGAACUGACGUUUCGAACGUGGGUGCGCUGCCUGUGCUGGCCUGUUCUGCUGAUACGAGAGGAUGGUUCGCUUCUUUGAAGACAUGUAUGCCUCAUGUACAGUUGAAGACUUGCAGCCGGGUCUGCGUAGUUUAUUGGCUCUUUUUCGUGUCCCUGUUGUUCCUUGUAGUGGGAAAGAAGGUUACAGGGAGGAUGGCUUUCUCCACCCGAUUCACCUGGUUGUGAGUGUACAACAUGUACUAGUCUACAUAGCGGCGCAGCAGAGUGUAUGUUGGGUGUUCUGUGUAGACUAUAUCAACGGUGGGACGGGCCGUCGGCUGAUGGUAGCAACUCAUCACACGGGGUAGUCCCUCGCCGUAUCCCUCUUGUGCUUCAAGAUUUUUGAGCCACAUGCUUUCGGGCGGUGAACUUCUGCUACGUUUGCUUCGAACAGUAACUCCCCUUGAUCUCCCUUGGAAUUGGCGUGCCUGUCACGGUUCGUACAUGUUUCCGAGCACCGGUUGAGCGUAAUGUACAUGACGAAGGGAUUCCCGUGUACUGUAUGUCGCGGGGGUGGCAAGAGCAAGUGAGGAUGGCCGUGUGCGGGUUUGUACAUGUAUUGACGGCGCGGGUUGGAGUUGGGAUGGCAGGUGAGGUGAGUCUGUCUCUACUCUUGAGGUAUUAUAUUGUAGUGGUUUCGGACGCGAAUGGAUGUGUAAAAAAGUAGACUGGAAGUUUUGAAUUUCGUGUCCAUCUCCGCCCUCUCUCAGACGGCAAAAGGCCGACCAAGUCGAUCGCGUACGUGUCUUACGCACCGGCUGGGUAAUCAGGUCGAUGUGCGCUCGGCCUGGCGGAAAUCUAUGGCCAAACCUUGCUGAGGGUUGGUGGUUGCUGUUGAUACGUCCAUUGACAUUGUACGACAGGGGGAGGUUAAUGGGUGUCGUACGAGUUGUUGAUGAUGCAUGUUACGAAAUAAUGUUGUGAAUGAGUUGAGGGUCGAAUGAUCUUUGGGUUUGAUGGGGCAAGACACAAGGAAAAUGUUGGUGGGUAUGUGGUCAAGACCAACACUUUCUGCCGCGUUAAAAGUACCGCGAUAUUACUCUAGGCUGUGUAGUCUGCGAUUUGUUUUUCAGAGGACUACGUUUCGCGAAUGUUUACAGGGGAGACUGCAAAGUUUUGCAGGAAAGAGGGAGAGGCGCCGGGCCGGGACUUUCACCCUCCUCACCGGAGAAAAAGUGCGUGUUGGGAGUAUAGAGGUUGACUUCGAGGGGAUGAGGCUUUCAGCAGUGAUGAUAAAUAUUCGUGUGCGUUCACAU